GUCUCCUCUCGCUUGAACCGUUACCACCAUAUGGCGCUGGCAUCUUUAUUGACAUCUCUCCUCUGUGCCGCUUUCGCACUUGUAUUCUAUCAAAUAUACGAAGUUCGCAUAUCGAGGAAUAGCAAACGACUGAAACUUCUCAAGACUCUGGGGUUGGACUCGAGUAACAAGAAGAUAGUUGGAUUCUUUCACCCAUACUGCAUGUAAGCAAUGCAGGAGGUGGAGGAGAACGUGUCUUGUGGACGGCGAUAGCGCUGCUACAACGGACAGAACCAGAUGUCGUGAACGUGGUGUACAGCGGAGACGUGGACGCCUCGAAAGAUGAAAUCAUCAGCAAAGUGAAAGCUCGUUUCGACAUCGAGCUGGCACCACAAACGCUUCACUUCAUAUUCCUUCAUACAAGAUAUCUUGUAGAAGAUUCAACAUGGCCAAGAUUUACUCUCCUUGGGCAGAGCAUUGGUUCUAUGCUACUCGCGUGGGAAGCCAUGUCGAAACUGGUGCCGGACCUAUACGUCGAUACGAUGGGAUAUGCCUUCACUUUCCAUGUCGCCAAGUUCGUUGCUGGGGUGACAGUAGGUGCAUAUGUACACUACCCUACCAUAAGCACAGACAUGCUGGCACGAGUGAAGUCCCGCCAGAAGUGGCACACGAACUCCGAUGCCAUAUCCUCAUCACCAAUUCUGAGCAAAUUGAAACUUCUGUACUACCGCAUCUUCAUGUAUUACUACGCUUUCUCCCUUUGUCAAGCCUCCUUCCUCAUGGUCAAUUCAUCAUGGACAAAGAACCACAUUGAUGCUAUCCUCCAGCCUUCAGAUCACCUCCUAGAUUUCGUCCAUCUUUUUACACCUCUGGUACUUCUGAGGUUGUGGAGUUCUCCAUCACCAAGAGGUGCCCAAAUCGUUUACCCUCCGUGCGAUACAAGAGAAAUGGCGCAGUUCCCAUUAGAAGGUCGCGAACGAGUGAUACUCAGCGUCGCCCAAUUCCGACCAGAGAAGGACCAUGCCGCUCAACUUCAUGCAUUCCGCAAGCUUAUAGAGAAGCAUCCCGAAUACGCCAACCCUGGCGAUCAACAUGUUCGUCUAGUGCUUAUUGGCGGCAGUCGAAACAAGGACGACGCAGAUCGCCUUGAAAGCUUAAAAUCGCUUGCCAAAGAACUGGGCAUAGCGGAGCACGUGCAGUUCAUUGCAAACGCACCUUACUCGGAAAUGUUAAGUUGGCUCUCGAAGGCUAGUGUUGGCUUGAGCACUAUGGUCGACGAACAUUUCGGCAUCAAUGUCGUUGAGUUCAUGGCGGCGGGUAUCAUCCCAGUAACACAUGCUUCCGGCGGUCCGCUGAACGAUAUCGUCAUCCCAUUCAACGGUAAACCCACCGGCUAUCACGCCACAAGUCCAGAGACGUUUGCAGACGCCUUCCAUGAGGUUUUGACAUUGCCACCUGAUGAAGAGCUUUCACUCCGCGUGCGUGCGAGGACUUGGGCUGUCCAGAGGUUCUCUGAGGAGGAGUUUGAACGAGGGUGGAUGGCGAGUGGGUGGAAGGAUGUCUUGUCCUGAGCCCCUUGCUUUGGUUUUGUAGCGUUGGUCUACUCGCGUUAUUCCACUCCUUGGGGUUCCCCUUCCUAAUCGAUCCAAGAUUAUUAUCCUUUCGGUUCACCCGAGUCCUAUUAUUCUGUGAUGGCCUUGAUCAGACUAGUGACGAGGUGAGUAACCGGACCCUCCAGCAUUCACAUUCCGCAACCCUUAGUGUCAUCGAGCAUGAUGGCCGGACUGGACUGAAUACAUUGCUACGUUAUGUAACAACACGACCCAACAAUAAUAAAUCCCUUCCCGCGCACAACGUUACGUAUGAAAUUCUGGACUACUUGCAUAGUAGGACUAAUGGUACAUUAUGGUACAACACUUGCUCUAGACAUCCCAUAUAAAACGAAAACAGUAAACAGAAUAAAUCCAUAGUGGCUGGGUAUCCCCUUGCAGCUCAGAUCAGUCUAAUCUUACG